GGAGGAGGAGGAGGAGGAGGAGUGAAGCAGGGCAAAGGAAAGCAGAGUAAAGCAAACCUAUGAACGACAGAGGGAGAGGGAGGGGUUACCACUUAACUUUGCUUAUUUACAUAUGAUAUAGUAGUAAACACGGCUUCUUUUUUGUUCCACCGUCACGGUUCAUCCUCCCCAGCUGCAACACCAAGGCCCCGACUCUGCCUAAGUUUGUGUCGGCUAGCUGUCUGACAUUAGCUCCUGCUCAUUAGCCCGCUGGGGGGGGACUUCAGAGACAACUUGUCAGGACAGCCGAUCGAUCCGGGGGGACAGCGCUGCUCCCCCCCUCCCUGCUCCCGUUUCAGCUGCCUCCCGUAGCGGGAACGUCCCCACGAACCAGCGGCAACCACCGUGGGAGAGAAAGUCGAAAGCUGCGAUGGCUACGUGACAAGAGAUGAGCCGCCGAGUCAGCUUCAACAAGGAGCCAUGGAAGGGUUUCAGCAAACGGCCACCGAGCAGCGCGCCAAGGUGAAUGGCUACGGCGAGGCCAAGUCUCCUCAGGACAAGGCUGACGUCCGGUGGACGUCUCCGGAGGUGGAGUCGGCGGGCUCGGACAGCUGCGGCGCCGCCAGCGUGUCGGACCUCCGGGAGGUAAAGACCAGGGAGAGCGAAGACGAGGAGGACGGGGAGGAGAAGGAGAAGGGGGAAGUGGUUUCUUCCAGGCGCCUGAGAGGGGAACAGAGGAAGAGGCAGAAAGAGGGAGAGAGCCAGGAGAGCGGUCACAGGAGCGAGAACAACAGCGCGUCGUCAAGCUACACGGACCUUUCCCAUACGUCUUCGCCGUCGCUGUCGGAGCAGCUUCGUCUCGGCCGGGAAGACAACGCGGGUUCUGGGAUCAGCGUGGAGUGCAAGGUCUGCGGGGACAAGGCGUCUGGCUUCCAUUACGGAGUACAUGCCUGCGAAGGCUGCAAGGGCUUUUUCCGGCGGACCGUGCGGAUGAAGCUGGAGUACGAGCGCUGUGAGCGUUCCUGCAAGAUUCAGAAGAAGAAUCGCAACAAGUGCCAAUAUUGUCGCUUCCAGAAGUGCCUUUCGUUGGGAAUGUCCCAUGAUGCGAUCCGAUACGGACGCAUGCCGGAGGCGGAGAGGAAGAAGCUGGUCGCCGGGCUGCUCGCGGAGGAGCUGAACGUCAGCAAACCGGGCGGCUCCGACCUGAAGACGCUGGCCAAACAAGUGAACACGGCCUACCAGAAGAACCUCAGCAUGACCAAGAAGAGGGCCCGCAGCAUCUUGACUGGAAAAACCAGCAGCACCGCGCCGUUUGUGAUCUACGACGUGGACACGCUCUGGAAAGCAGAGAGCGGGUUGGUGUGGAGCCAGCUGGCUCCAGGAGCGCCUCUGACCAAGGAGAUCGGGGUUCACGUGUUCUACCGCUGUCAGUGCACCACGGUGGAGACUGUGCGAGAGCUUACAGAGUUUGCCAAGAGCAUUCCAGGGUUCGUGGACCUCUUCCUCAAUGACCAGGUGACGUUGCUCAAAUACGGCGUUCACGAGGCUAUUUUUGCCAUGCUGCCCUCUCUUAUGAACAAGGAUGGACUUUUGGUGGCCAAUGGCAAAGGCUUUGUGACAAGAGAGUUUCUACGCAGCUUACGGAAGCCCUUCAGCGAGAUCAUGGAGCCAAAGUUUGAGUUUGCUGUCAAGUUCAACGCUCUGGAGUUGGAUGACAGUGACCUGGCCCUGUUUGUUGCUGCCAUCAUACUCUGUGGAGAUCGUCCUGGGCUAAUGAACGUGAAGCAGGUGGAGCAAAGUCAGGACAGCAUCCUCCAGGCCCUGGACCUUCACCUCCAAGCGAACCACUCUGACUCUCUCUACCUCUUCCCCAAGCUGCUUCAGAAGAUGGCCGAUCUUCGCCAACUGGUUACUGAGAACGCGCAGCUCGUCCAAAAGAUCAAAAAGACUGAGUCGGAGACCUCACUCCACCCUCUACUACAGGAGAUCUACAAAGACAUGUAUUAGAAAGAUCUCCAGCACAGACUGGUUUUUCAAGCAAUACUGUUACAGACAGACCCUUCGGUUAUAUAACAACACACCGCAUUCAGUGAAAGCACUGUUUCCAAUACAUGGGCAUGGAUUUGAGAUCACAGAUGAGGCGGAUUCACUUUGUUAGGGCUAUCACAAUCAGCAAAAGUCCCGCAGUAACAGCGUUGCUCUCACCCGUGCGACGAGCAUCUGGAAUCAUUUGCUGCAAGCCUUAGUUUCCCACAACGGCCACCUGACAGGAAGAGUGAUAUGUUUUCUUAUAGAGGCUGCUCCUGUUUCAUCCUCAUAGCAAAGCUGACCCCAGAGCAGUGUUUUGAGAAAGAGAGAGAGAGAGAGAGUUUCUCCUCGCUCACCUCAGCUCUGCGUUUGGCUGCAAAGGGAAAGCGUUUCAUGUUCCUACACCAGUGGCAUAGUUGAAAUGGAAGAGGGAUAUCAGGGUUUUUUCUUUUUUGAAAGAGUGAUUGUAAUUAUUUUUCAGAAUUGUAUUAAAACUAGAGAUGCACAAAUUGGUGUUUGUUUACAACAUCAUCACCAUCAUCAUAACCCUUCCACCUUGCCAUUUGGUUUGAAGAACACAAACUGGGCUGGCUCCAGCGGUGUAGAGCUCUCUGAGUGCAACUGUCUGUGCAAUACCAUUUUUUUUUUUUUUUAUUUGUUAAUAAAGUUUAAAUCCAGCUUAUUUAGGUUUUGUCUUAAAAGCCAUUGAACCAAGUGAAAAUGGUCAAACUGAGCUAACACUAUAGACAUGUGACUUCCAAAAAGUACCAGGGACAGCGUGCUUUUAUUCAUUCAUGCAGAAAACAACUUGCCAUUGUCGGAUUUUCUGUUAGCGCAUUUCUCUGUGAUUAUGUUACAGAUCAUUUGUUUUUGUUUAUGGCAUUGUAAAAGCAAAUUAUGAAUUAUGCCAUUUCGUGGAUUAGGUAUAUUAUGUAUCCAUGCUUACAUGUUUAGCUUAGGUUUUACCAAAUAUAUUAUCACACAAACCAACAAACUUUUCUUGAACAUGAAAGUUUGAAUUUCAUGGCGCAGGAUGGUUAAUAGGAAACCAGCAUACAGAACCGUUAUUUUGUGACUGGGAGAUUCUAUGAUGAUUCAAUCAUCAAUAUUCAGAAUAUUCUGAACUUUUGUAUUCGAGAUAUACACAAUCCAAAAAUACUGCUCAAAUUGUGUGCGUGUGUGAUUUAUGUUACAGCUUGAUAGUUUUUACCUUAUUUUGGGAGUAUGAUUUCCGCGAUUCACCUUUUAGGAGUCUCUUGUGCUUUUGUCUUUAUCCCCAUCUACCUCCAAAUGUAUGAAUAUUUCACUGUCUUAUCAAAUCUUUGACAUUUAUUUUUGCCUUAAUCCCUAUUAUUAAUGCACCUUGCAAAAUUAUGUAUCAUUGGCUCACGUCAGUGUGCUAUGCAAAGUAAAGGAUGUUGGUUGGGUCUGCACCUCAUGGUAAUUGGAUCUUCUCACAAGAAACUAGCAAUGAGGGGGAAAGAGGGAUUAUUUAAUUUUUCUUUUAAAAUCUAAAUUAUUAAAUUAAAAUACAAUUUGUUACAUUUUUGUGGUCAAAAAUGGAUGAGCAGAGAUAUAAGGUCUAAAUACAUUCUCCUAUUUAAGAUGAGAAAAAAAAAACGAGAAAAACUGGCUCCUUUUGCCAACCUUCACACCUCAAUGUGUGCUGUAUAUGGUGGGGAGGAGCUUUUUCAACAUGACAGCAGUAUGUAUAUAUAUAUAUAUAUAUAUAUAUAUAUAUAUAUAUAUAUAUAUAUAUAUAUAUAUAUAUAGUUUUUCUUAAAUAUGUAUCCUCAUCAAAAUUUGAUACUUCGCUUUCAUAUGUUCUAAAUUUCUGUAUGCUUUUUGGUGAAAACUGAUGUCGCCUUCAGCACCUUCCAAAAUCACAGUACUGAUGUCAUAAAUUUUGGUGCCUGUUUGGGGAUGCUAAAACAUGCGUUUUUUUUUUUUGUUUUUUUUUUUUCACGUUUGUCUUAAACUCCCACAGAAUCUUUCUUGACCACAAAAAGAAAAACAGCACAUCUUAAAAUAAUAACUACGAGAAACAUCUCUUCAGUUGUUGCUUUUUAAUUAAUGGUUUCUUAAAAGAAAAUCCAUUUACCAAAGAACGCACAGAUCUGAUAAAAGCAAGAAAUUACACCAAAAAGUGUAAACAAAAACAAAACAAAAAAAAGCUACCUCUGUAAAUGAUGGGUUGAUUUCUUUUUUUCAGAAGCAUGUGGUAGAACUUGAAAUUAUUUUCUUAUUGUACCAUGUAACGUAUAUACACUUUUAGUUUAGUGAUUUUUCACAUAUAAAACAAAUAACGUUGA